CCGUAUUUCUACAUGCUGCCAAGACUUUUCAUACCAUCGCAACCUUCAGAAGUGCAGGGAAACGCAACCGACGCAGUCAAAGAAGUCAUUCUUCACUCCCUUGCAACCCAUGUCAAAACACCGCGCGUAUUUGCGAUCGAUUUGAUUUCCAAGCUCGCGCUGUGUGAAGUAACGAUAAGACCUGUUGAGGAGGAGCCUCUACUGCAAGAAGCGGUGGUGUUACUUAGUAUUGUUGUCAACGACAAGAUGCUAGAUCUGGGGCAAGAAGUACACCAAGCCUCGAUUUCAUUUUUGAUUGAUUAUUGCUCCUCACUGGCAUUAUCCGCUCUAAGAGCAGAAUUUAUGGACGAUCCUUCGCUUUGGGUGUCAAAAAAUCUUAGCAUUGUAUUCCAUGAAUCACAGACCUUCCUUGGGGACGAAUUAAAGAUCGUGAACACAAGUCCAUUCGUGGGCUCGGUCAAAGAGAACCAGAGAGGGACUAUGACUGCGAAAUCCGAGGUAUGGAAUAUCACACGAUGCUGUCUAGUAGCCUCUGGUAUCCAUAACCUGAUGGCCCCCAAGGCCUUCGUUAAGCUUUAAAGCUGAGCAACGCCGAAUCUCUACAGGUUGAAAAUGUGUGUAACCGAUAUGGAAUACCCAGCAUCGCCUAGUAGCUCAGCGAGCGAAAAGUUGUAAAUAGGUGUGGUACUAGUAAUAAACACGGUUUAGGAGGUGUUCAUCCGU